AUGUCGUUCUUCAUUGACAACCCUAAUGUGGGCAACACAAACCACCUGGAAGACUCACGCAUUCUCGGCUACAACCCUCUGACGCCUCCCAACCUCCUCCAACAUGAAAUCGCAUUGACUGAAAAGUCUCGGCAAACCGUCCUCCAAGGGCGUGCCGAAUCCGUCGAGGUCGUCCACGGCACAGACAAGAAGCAGCGCCUAAUGGUCGUCAUUGGACCAUGCUCAAUUCAUGACCCAGAAAUGGCUCUCGAAUACUGCGACCGUUUAAUGAAGAUGAAGGAGAAAUACGCCGACGACCUCCUCAUCGUAAUGCGCUCCUACCUCGAGAAGCCCCGCACAACCGUCGGCUGGAAGGGCCUCAUUAACGACCCCGACAUUGACAACUCCUUCAAAAUCAACAAGGGUCUGCGUGUCUCGCGCCAGCUCUUCAUCGACCUCACAAACAAGGGUAUGCCCAUUGCCUCCGAAAUGCUCGACACCAUCUCCCCACAGUUCCUCGCCGAUUGUCUAUCAGUCGGUGCGGUCGGUGCACGCACCACCGAAUCCCAAGUCCACCGCGAACUCUCAUCCGGUCUCUCUUUCCCUGUCGGAUUCAAGAAUGGCACAGACGGCUCCCUAGACGUGGCCGUCGAUGCUAUCGGCUCAGUAAAGCACCCUCAUCACUUCCUGUCCGUGACGAAACCUGGUGUUGUUUCGAUCGUCGGCACAGUUGGAAACCCAGACUGCUUCGUUAUUCUGCGCGGUGGUAAGAAGGGGCCAAACUACGAUGCUGCCAGUAUUGCCGAGGCUAAGGUUAAGCUUAGUGCGAAGGGCAUGCGUCCUCGUCUUAUGGUUGACUGUAGCCACGGCAACUCGGAGAAGAACCACAAGAACCAGCCUAAGGUUGCUACUGUUCUUGCGGAGCAGCUUGCUGCCGGCGAGGAUGCCAUUAUGGGUGUUAUGAUUGAGAGUAAUAUCAACGAGGGCAACCAGAAGGUCCCUGCAGAGGGCAAGGCCGGCCUCAAGUACGGUGUCAGUAUCACGGAUGCUUGCAUCCACUGGGAGGAUACCGAGGCUGUGCUGGAGACUCUUGCUCAGGGUGUUCGUGCGCGCCGCGAGAAACUCGGCUCAAAAUAA